CAAGUUUGAACCAAAGAACGGGAGGUGCGCAUAACCUCCUUGAAAUCGGUGUUGUGCCAUGUGGCAGUUUUUGCAGAGACUGCGCGAGCUUCUCAAGAGCUGGCUGAGGCACCGAGCUACAAUCUCCGAGGAGGCGCAGCAGCCACUGUGCUCAGGAGAUAGGAAAGAGCUUGCGACGCACCAAGAGCAGCGCAGGCUGCCAGAAGAAAUAACUGGGCUUCCUUUGGAAGAGAACUGGCUUUCAGUUUUUUCGUUCCUCACCGCGGAAGAGCUUUCUCGUGCAGCGGCACUGCAGUCGGCCUUGCGCCGUGUGGCGGAGCAUGAGGACUUGUGGAGGCAUUUAUGUGGCUUGCGAUGGGAAGGAAAGCAAUGGAUGCCGUCAAGCGAGCUCUUCCGGAACGGCAACUACCGCGGCCUGCAGCUCACGGUGGCUGAGUGCCGCUCCUUGCUGCGUCGACGCAACGUGAAGCCAGGGCAUUGUACGGAGAAAUCUGAACUCAUGGAGGCAGUAAACCGCUCCAGUCCCAACAUGGCAGGACAUCAAGGUGUUUUUUCCAGAAGCAAAUGGAAGCGGAGCUAUGUCCAUGCUGAACUGGACCGGAAACGAACCAGGAUCACUGUGGACGAGGUGGCCCAUUUUCGGUGGCAUUUGAUCUACCAUGGGCGUCCAUCCUCCAUGGGCCACAGGCAUUUUCAGAAGAACGGCGUGUUUGUUUCUCCACAUUUCGGCGAGACCACUUGGUCUUUGGAGCAGGACGGCCAGCUCUUCCAGUUGGAAGGGAUGGCUCCUUUGAAGGUCCACAGAGACCCAGAUACCUGGGGAUGGAUCCUCGGUGCUGGCAGCAGCACAGAAUACCUUUCUGUUGAGAUGACAGAGAAAUAA